AUGAUGAAGCAUCUAGACGUGCUGAUUGCCGGUUUCAAGGUAUACUGUGGCUCAAGUCAUGGAGCGGGUGUGCUGCCAGAAUGCUCGGCAGCAAUUACUGGAGAAAAGAAGACAUUCACCGUAGAACUGACUCCACCAACGACACCAAUAGAUUUUAUUGAAUGGAGCUUUACCGAUAGAAAUGAUGUCUCUACGAUUAUAAUAUCCACCAAUACCGGACCAAACCCUGACUACCAAGACAGGAUCCACGUGUUCCCUGAAACGGGAUCUCUGGAGCUCAGGAACUUAAUCCUGAGUGAUAUUGGUGAUUACAAAGUCAUCAUAAGAGUUGGUGAAGUGCAACAAACAGGAAGCUGUUUUCUUUACUUACACGAACUAAUCGGAGGUGUGGGCAUCAAGCACACCAGCACAGACCUGUUGGAGUCAAGCGGCUCAGUCACUAUGACCUGCUUCACGACUGCCGGUACUGACAUUACUUACGGCUGGCUGAACUCUACCAAUGAGGUCAAGGCUGGCGAUAGAGUUCAGAUCACGGAGGGAGGCUCCAAACUCACCAUAACCAACGUGAACCGUUACGACACGGGACCUUACAGGUGUCGUGUGUCCAACCUUGUCAGCAGUAGCACCAGCGGCCCAGUCGAACUCGACAUCAGCUAUGGCCCUGAAAACAUCAGUUUAUCCACAUCUCCUUCACUGGAACACCACAAAGUUGGAUCCAACAUCAACCUGACCUGCUCAUCGGAAUCCAAUCCUCCUGCAGUGUACCAAUGGUUUUUUAAUGGAACCCUGUUGCCUGUCCUUGGACCUGAGCUCAGACUGAAGAACGUUCUAGAGAGUCAGAGUGGCAACUAUCGAUGUCAAGCAUACAACAACAAAACACUGAAUUCUCUAACACAGAGCACGCCUAUAUCUAUACUCACACCUAUUUCCAGAGUAGAAUUAAGGACUGACACCACAGACCUUAUUGAAUUCAGUGGUCCAGUUAGUCUGUUAUGUUCUGCCACUGGGUCUUCACCCUCCUUCCGUUGGGCCAACGGCAGCUCUGAAAUUACGAAAAACGAUAGAGUUCAGAUCACCGAUGGAGGCUCCAAACUCACCAUCCUAAAUAUUAACCGCUAUGAUAAAGGACCAUUUCGUUGCCACGCAUUCAACCCGAUCAACGACGGCACCAGCAAUCCUGUAGUUCUGUCUGUUAACUAUGGACCAGAGAAUAUUAAUCUGACGAAAACACCAUUCCAAGAACACUAUAACGAAGGUUCGGACGUUGACCUCUUGUGCUCUGCUACUUCGGUCCCUCCACCGCAGUUUCGUUGGUUAAAAAACGGAGAGCUCUUGUCCCAUACCGGACCAGCGCUCCAACUAAAGAACAUUCACUUUAAUCAGAGAGGAAACUAUUCCUGUCAAGCCUUUAAUGACAGAACACAGAGGACUGUAACAUCAGAUCCUGUCUCUAUUUCAGUGAUAAGAUCAGAAAUCUCCAACGUGGUGAUAAUUCCCAGCAAAACAGAAAUGGAAGAGUUCAGUGGCUCGGUCAGUCUCACCUGCACCUAUGAGGGAUUGUUUCCCAACUUUGUUUGGCGUAACAGUAGCUCCGAGUUGAUUGCUGGAGAUGGAGUCCAGAUUGAGAGCAAAGGCGCUGUUGUCAUCAUCCUUAACGUGAGCCGCUACGAUGAGGGGCCUUACACCUGCCACGUUUUUAACAACUUUAGCAGUGCCACCAGUCCGCCGCUGAAACUCUCCAUCUACUAUGGCCCUGAAAACAUCAGUGUAUCCACCUCCCCAUUACUGCAAUACCAUCCGGUUGGGUCCAACAUCCAUCUAUCCUGCUCGUCUGGAUCUAGACCUCCUGCAGUGUACCAAUGGUUCUUUAACGGAGAGCUGUUGCCUGUUUCUGGAUCUGAGCUCAGCCUGAGGAACGUUCUAGAGACUCAGAGUGGCAACUACCGCUGUCAGGCAUAUAACACCAAAACACUGAAGUCUCAAACAAAGAGCUCAACUAUAACUAUACUCACACCCAUUUCCAGAGUGGAAUUAAGGACUGACACCACGGACCUUAUCGAAUUCAGUGGUGCAGUUAGUCUGUUCUGCUCUGCCACUGGGUCUUCGCCCUCUUUCCGCUGGGCCAACGGCAGCUCUGAAAUUACGAAUAACGACAGAGUUCAGAUUACCAAUGGAGGCUCCAAACUCACCAUCCUCAAUAUUAGCCGCCAUGAUACAGGACCAUUUCGGUGCCAUGCAUUCAACCUUAUCAGCAACGACACCAGCAAUCCUGUUGUUCUGUCUGUUUACUUUGAAAUCUCCAAUGUGGUGAUAAUUCCCAGUAAAACAGAGAUGGAAGAGUUCAGUGGCUCAGUCAGUCUCACCUGCACCUUUGAUGGAGUUUCCACCAACAUUAUUUGGCGUAAAGGCAGUUUCGAGUUGACGGCUGGAGAUGGAGUCCAGAUUGAGAGCAAAGGCGCUGUCGUCACCAUCCUUAACGUGAGCCGCCACGACGAGGGGCCGUACACCUGCCAGGUCUUCAACGACUUUAGCAGUGCCACCAGCCCGCCUCUGAAGCUCUCCAUCUACUAUGGCCCUGAAAACAUCAGUGUAUCCACCUCCCCAUCACUGCAAUACCACUCGGUUGGAUCCAACAUCCAUUUGUCCUGCUCGUCUGGAUCUAGACCUCCUGCAGUCUACCACUGGUUCUUUAACGGAGGGAUGUUGCCUGGCUCUGGAUCUGAGCUCAGCCUGAGGAACGUUCUAGAGAGUCAGAGUGGCAACUACCGCUGUCGAGCAUAUAACAACAAAACAAUGAAGUCUCAAACACAGAGCUCAACUAUAACUAUACUCACACCCAUUUCCAGAGUGGAAUUAAGGACUGACACCACAGACCUUAUUGAAUUCAGUGGUCCAGUUAGUCUGGUCUGUUCUGCCACUGGGUCUUCGCCCUCUUUCCGUUGGGCAAAUGGCAGCUCUGAAAUUACGAAUAACAACAGAGUUCAGAUUACCAAUGGAGGCACCAAACUCACCAUCCUUAAUAUUAGCCGCCAUGAUACAGGACCAUUUCGGUGCCAUGCGUUCAACCUUAUCAACAGCGACACCAGCAAUCCUGUAGUUUUAUCUGUUUACUAUGGACCAGAGAAUAUUAAGAUCACUAAAUCACCAGUCCAAGAACACUACUACGAAGGUUCAAACGUUGACCUCGUGUGCUCUGCCUCUUCGAGCCCUCCACCGCAAUUUCGGUGGUUCAAAAAUGGAGAGCUCUUGUCCCACAGUGGACCUGCGCUUCAGCUUAAGAACAUUCAUUUUCAUCAGAGAGGAAACUACUCCUGUCAGGCCUUUAAUAACAUAACACAGAGGACUAUUACAUCGGAGCCCCUUGCUAUUUCAGUGAUAAGCUUAGAAAUCUCCAACGUGGUGAUAAUUCCCAGCAAAACAGAGAUGGAAGAGUUUAGUGGCUCAGUGAGUCUCAACUGCUCCUUUAAGGGAUUGUUUCCCACCUUUGCCUGGCGUAACGGCAGCUCCCAGUUGACGGCCGGAGAUGGAGUCCAGAUUAACAACAAUGGCGCUCUCGUCACCAUCCUUAAUGUGAGCCGCUACGAUGAGGGACCUUACACCUGCCAGGUCUUCAACAACUUUAGCAGUGUCACCAGCCCUCCACUGAAACUCUCCAUCUACUAUGGACCAGAAAACGUUUAUUUUGAAAUAUUUCCUCCACGGGAAUACUUUGAGACUGGAUCCAAGAUCAGCAUGUCCUGCUCAGCUGCAUCCAGACCUCCUGCCCUCUUUCAGUGGUAUCAAAAUGGAUACCUGUUGCCCUAUACAGGAUCGAAGCUCAACCUGGUGAACGUUCAAGAGCAUCACAGCGGAAACUAUAGCUGUCGGGCCUUUAACAACAAAACUUUGAAAUAUCAAACAACAAGGCCAUCAGCCAUCAUUAUACUGACACCAGUUUCUAACGUGACUCUUACCGCAAGCCCCCAAGUGAUGUUUGAGUUUAGCUCCACCACUUUGUACUGCUCCUCUGCCGGAACCGCAGUCUCUUAUCGAUGGUUGAAUGGCAGCUUGGAGGUCACAGCCGAUCACAGAGUUCAGAUCACCAACGGAGGCUCCAAGCUUACCAUCGUCAGCGUGACCCGCUACGAAGAGACAGCAUUCAGGUGCAAUGUUUCCAACGCCGUCAGUGAUAGACUCAGCCAGGCGUUGCAUCUUUAUAUUCAGUACGGUCCAGACUACGUGACCAUUGAGGGCCCAGACUCGGUUUACGUUGGACACUACGCAGUGCUUCUCUGCACAACCUCGUCUGUGCCGACAGCGAGCUUUACAUGGCUUUUUAAUGGAAAGCCCACUGGAGUGCACACAGCCAAAUACGUAAUUGAUUUAAGCCGGAGUUCGGACGCCGGGAUGUACGUCUGCACAGCCACAAAUGCGAUCACAGGGAGGUGUGCAACAGGAAGCCACAAUUUGACUGUUUCAGGGACAUGUGUGAAGCACUCAGACACGUACAAUGUGUCAGAUAGACCUUCUAGUUCUGCAAAUGCGGAAGAAAAAGGGAAGCCCACUUAA